AGACUUACAUCUUGUUACAUUGUAUUUGCGUGCCACCGCCCAGGUCUUUAACGUGGCCUGAUGUGUGUUCACUCUCUCUUGUCAUUCUUUCUUUAGGACAAGUGACACUGACCCAGUCUGUGAAGCACUCUGGCGACCAUGGCCAAAAAGAGGAUUGCUGUAAUUGGAUCUGGAGCAAGCGGGCUCACCUGCAUCAAAUGCUGCCUGGAGGAAGGCUUGGAGCCUGUCUGCUUUGAGAGGUCGGGUGACAUCGGAGGAUUGUGGCGGUUCCAGGAAAAUCCUGAAGAUGGAAGGGCUAGUAUUUACAAGUCAGUGAUCAUCAAUACUUCUAAAGAGAUGAUGUGUUUCAGUGACUACCCCAUUCCUGAUCACUACCCUAACUUCAUGCACAACGCCCAAGUCCUAGAGUAUUUCAGGAUGUAUGCCAAAGAAUUUGGCCUUCUAAAAUAUAUCCAGUUCAAGACCACGGUGUGCAGCGUGAAGAAGCAACCUGAUUUCUCUACUUCAGGCCAAUGGCAGGUGGUCACCGAGAGUGAAGGGAAAAAGCAGGUAGAUGUCUUUGAUGGAGUCCUGGUUUGCACCGGCCAUCACACAGACCCUCACCUACCCCUGGAAAGCUUUCCUGGAAUUGAAAAAUUCAAAGGAAAGUACUUUCACAGUCGGGAAUAUAAGAACCCAGUAGAAUUCACUGGGAAAAGAGUUAUUGUGAUCGGCAUUGGGAAUUCUGGAGGUGACCUGGCUGUCGAGAUCAGCCACACAGCCAAGCAGGUGUUUCUCAGUACCAGGAGAGGAGCUUGGAUCUUGAACCGCGUAGGGAAAUGUGGCUAUCCUAUUGAUCUGCUGUUCUCUUCUCGAAUUACCUACUAUCUGUCAAAGAUUAUUGGUUCAUCACUAAAAAACAGAGUUAUGGAAAAACAGAUGAACCAAAGGUUCGAUCAUGAAAUGUUUGGCCUGAAGCCUAAACACAGAGCUCUGAGUCAGCAUCCAACAGUAAAUGAUGAACUGCCAAAUCGUAUCAUCUCUGGCUUGGUGAGGGUGAAAGGAAACGUGAAGGAAUUCACGGAAACGGCGGCCAUAUUUGAGGAUGGCUCCAGAGAGGAUGACAUUGAUGCAGUUAUCUUUGCCACAGGCUAUAGCUUUGCCUUUCCUUUUCUUGAAGAUUCUGUCAAAGUAGUCAAGAACAAGGUGUCCUUGUAUAAAAAAGUCUUUCCACCUAACCUGGAAAAACCAACUCUUGCUAUCAUCGGCUUAAUUCAGCCCUUGGGAGCCAUUAUGCCUAUUUCAGAGCUCCAAGGACGCUGGGUCACUCAGGUGUUCAAAGGGCUAAAGAAACUGCCCUCCCAAAGUGAAAUGUUGGCAGAUAUAAACAAGACUCAAGAGAAUAUGGCAAAAAGGUAUGUGGACAGCCAGCGACACACCAUCCAGGGAGAUUAUAUAGACACCAUGGAAGAAAUUGCAGAUUUGGUGGGUGUCAGGCCCAACCUCCUGUCUCUGGCCUUCACUGACCCCAAGCUGGCAUUACAGUUACUACUGGGACCCUGUACUCCGGUCCAGUAUCGCCUACAGGGCCCUGGAAAGUGGGCGGGAGCCCGAAAAACUAUUCUCACCACAGAAGAUCGUGUACGAAAGCCUCUGAUGACAAGAAUGGUUGAAAAGAGUGAUGCUGGGGAUUCAACAAUGACAAUCCGUGUCCUCAUGUUAGCUUUUGCUCUCUUUGCUGUAGUCCUGGCUUAUUUUUAGAUGUGGCAGUGCGGCGUUCCAGCAGACCCUGACAAGCCUGAACACUCAGCUUCACACUGUACAGAGCCCCACCACGCUCUGCCUGCCUCCCUCCCCCACCCCUCCCUUAAUCAUUAAUCUUUCUUGUUCUUUCUUCUCUGAUACUGGGUUUUUGUUUAUUAAUUCCUCUUCCUCCCUCUCUUGAG